CUUAUAAUAGUUAUAGUUUUAUUUAGUUACAAUAGUGAUACGUGUAAGUUUUUAUGUUUAAAAGCGCGAAGUGUUCACAUUUGGUGUAAAUUUUUUUCACAUCUACAUUUCUGACAUCAUGGUCGAAAAGUAAAUCAAUUUUUUAUAAAAACUACGCCGCCUCAUAAGGCAACUUUUCUGGAUUUUGCCUCCUAUUUCAUUAUUGGAGCUAUACAAGUUUUUAAUUCACAUAAAAGAACUAAAUUUAUUAAAAUAAAAUUAGGUUGAAUUGCAAUAGACUUCUUUCUGAUUUACACAUCCCAUUUUACAAUUGGUUGCACCCCUGAGUAGAUGUGUGGUAAAUGUUUUGCAUUUUGCUUUUCGUUUCGAUUUUCUGCCUUUCGCAUCUUCGCUAUCAUUGUGGUUGGGUUGUUCUGAUUAGCAUUUUCGCACGCGCCUUCUCCAAAUUUACAUUUUUACAACAUUGCAAAAUUAUUAGAAAUCGGAAAAUCUGAACGGAAAAUGCGAAAAAUCAGGAAAUGUUAAACAAGAAAAAAUUCGGCACCGGAGUAAUCUUUUGAAAGAAAAUAUUAACAUAAAAUUAGUGUGGUAUUGGCAUUGUGUAACAACGACGGUGACAACAAAGAACGUUAUAAUUAUUUGCAAUUAUUUAGACCAGGCCAUUCGGUGCCCUGAUGAUUUUUCCAAUCUAAGGAGAACGUUUGGCGUGACAAUUAUUUUAUAAACAUGAAGUUUUACUAGAACCCAAAUAGAGCGAUACAAUUUUUUUGGGCAGUGACAUGUGAUAAAAAUCAACUUAGUAAAAGAGGAACAGCGGAAGAAUCCGUACAGAAAAGGCCAAAUUAAAUCAAACGCGUGCAGGGAGAAUAUGAGUUAUUUUACAAACAAUGAAAGCGAAAAACAAAAUCCAAUCUUUAGCGAAGAAUCAACAAUACAAACCUCUACAGUGACUACUGUGGCCGCUCCAAUAAGCACCACAGCGUUAAGCGGCUCACAAGUUGGUACUCAACAGGAUUUUCGAACGGAUACGGAGCAGCAAAUAGAACUAUCCGGAAAUGCCAGUAGUGCUCAGACUUAUGCAGCGGAUACACAAAAUAGUGAUGGAUAUCAUUAUUCUGCUUCAGCCAGUGGUGAAUCCAUGCUUGGAGUUAGUGAUGAUAGAAAACCGAUAGACAUAGUAGCUGCUGAGGGUGUUGGGGAGUGGGUGUUUACAAAUGCGGGUGCGACUGCCGACAUCCAAGGAGAAUGCGUUGCAGUAACAGCCACAGCAAUCCUAGCUGCUACAACAAGCCAACAACAAAAAGGCGAUAAUACUUCUAUUAACGUCUCAGCACCAAAAAGUAAUGACAACGCUGCAACGGAUGUUGAAAGUGUAGACUUAGUGGGGGAUUGUACGAGAAUGCCUCGUUUUGUCAAAGAUACAUUCGGUAUAGGGGCAACAACAACGGCCACAAAAGCAACCGAUUCACUAUUAGUAUCAUCAGCAACAACCACUAAACCGCCAAUACCGCCGACACCACCCACAUCGCCGACAUCGCCCACUUUGCCAAUGUCAACAUCUGUGGCGACCGCACAAUGCAGCGCAACACCUCUUGCGCACACUUCAAGCGAUCCCUCAUUCGCCGUGCAGUCACAGUUGCGUCGCAAUCAACAGCAGCAGAAAAUGAAAAGCUAUCAUGACACAAAGCAGACGACAAUGUGGUCUAAAGAUUCUGUCUUAGGGUCAAGCGGUAGUAUAAGCAUCGAUGCCACAGCAACGGCAUUAACCAGCUGCACAGGUGCUGUUAUAAAAAGUGGUACAUACAGUGCUACGGUUUCACCGUUUUCAAUACGCAAAAGUUCUGAUCCGAACAAUGUGUUGCCUCGCCGUGUAUCAUUUCCAAAAAGUGACAAUGAGCUGGUCACAGGCUAUCUGGAGCCAGCCAACCCAUGGGGACAAGCAUGUUUGGUUAAAAGCAUCUCUGAAAUUGCCGAACUCUAUGUGAUGUCAUGCCGCAAACAUAAAACAAAACCCCUACAGACUGUAUUGGAUCACUUAAAGGGUGUUGAAUUAAAUAAACAACAACGUCAGCCGGUGUUAUCGUUGAAAUCAAUUAAAUUGGCAGCCAGUGAUUGCGAAGCAUUGGAAGAAAUUUUCAAACGGGUACAGUACAAAUUUAUAGAUCUCUCAUCUUGUGACCUGGACGAGUGGGCGACAAGCGCCCUCUUUGAAAUGAUUGAGUAUUAUGAGGCAGCCCAUGAAUUGGACAUCUCUUCGAAUUCGAAGGGUAUGACCAUGCGAGGUUGGGCCGGCUGUAUGGCUAUGGUUAAGCAUAGCGAAGAGCUGCGGGUACUAAUCGCCCAAGGCAAUCCAAUUUCUAAGCAAAGUGCUGAUGGUUUGGGUCAGGCGAUAAGUGCAUCUAAUUUGCAUACACUAAAAUUGGAACAUUGUGGAUUGAAAGGUGCACUAGAUGGAUUGUGCUUCAAAUUGCGGCACAAUACGACGCUAAGGGAGCUCUGGUUAGCGCAUAACGAUUUGGAUUGCAAAGAUGCAGAAGCCCUUGGUGAUUUGUUGAAGGUUAAUCAUUACCUCGAACUAAUUGAUAUAAGUAACAACAAUAUUAGGGAUAGGGGACUCUUAUACAUUGUCGAAGCACUAAUACUGCAAUCCAAUGAACUGGAACGGCGAUCGAUGCUUCAACGAUCAUCUGCAAUCGAUGAUGAUGAUAGUUUGUCAUCGGUUGAAGCUUCACAGACAACUGACUUCGACACCAGUGAUUCGUUCAGCAACAGCGGGAAAGGCAGCGCUGAAGAGAAUGUCGAGAAUAGUGAAAGCGAUGAAAAUGCCUCAGACAAAAGACAAAAACACGCUGCGGUGGACAAAUCCUCGGAUGUCUUUAGCACUGCACUGGCCACUGAUAAAGUCACAAAUAAUGAUAAUACACUACUGCAACAACAUGCGAAUCCAGAUGUAGGAACUGUUUCGUCAGCGAAUGCUGCAGUAAAUAGUAAAUCAUCAGUUGUUGGAGGCGCGGAGACGUUGAAUGCUGUUGUGGGAUCAUUGGAUGAAAUGGACGGUGACGAUGAUACAGAAGACACUGUGAAGUCAAGCAAUCAUAAGAAUGGCGCGCAUGCGCCCAGUGGUCAAUCGAUGUUGGAUAAAUUGUUAUCGAUGAACAGCGAGAGCAGCAGUGAGGAGGGUGCGUCCAAUUUGUCCACAGACACUAUAGCGGCAUGCGGUUCUGAGGAUGCGAGCAUAACUAGUGAUGAUAUAUUUGAAACUUCCGGUGCGGUGGGGGUGGCGAGCGCAUCGGCCGAAACACAAAAGUCUAAUUCCAGUACGAAGGCGGUAGGAGUAGUGAUGGCGGCGCACCUGGUAGAAGGGCCGACAGAUAUUAAAGUCGGCAAAGUGAAAAACGUGGAGGAAAUAACGUUGAUUGAUAUUGCAUCUUCGGACACAGACCCUCCCAAUACAACUUCUGACAAUGGCAGCAAUGGUAGUGGUGCUGAAGUGGUCGCUUCUAAUAGCAAUGAUCAAAGUGAGAAUACAUCGACAACGUCAAAACUAAGUGAUGAUGAUAACAAUAGCAAUAAUAACACUGCAAAUAGCGCGUUUAUUGACACUAGCGGUAAUGAAGACGACUGCAGGCAUUACAAAGAUUCAGGGAGGCCGCUCACACAAGAUCAGGAUAAUGAGAACCAGAAUCUGCUCUCACUUCAGCAACCAAAUGCGCCAAAUAUCGGCGGUGUUUUUGAAGUGACCGCUGGUGAAGGAGAUUGCACCAUUGCAGAAGCGCCAGCUGCUGCUGCUGGCGUUAUUAGUGGCGAUCGUAUCUCUGCUGAUCAGACAACAGCACAAUUUCAGCAACAAUUGCCAUCGAAGGCUCUGGAUGUAAAUAAGAAUACAAAGCUGACCGAUGACUACGAUGACACACACAGCACCGAUUCUGCAUUUGAAAGUGCCUCCGAGGGCGAUAUUAGCCGACAUCUGCCGGAGGAAUACAGUCGGCUGUCAUCAUCUUUUGACGGUGUACCAAUGGAUGACAUUGGGAAGGGUGUGGCCAUUGAAACUGGCACUAUUGCUACUGAGUCUACUGAAUAUUUGGCAGAUGCAGGUGUAACGCCGACUUCUACGCCAACGCCACCAUCAUCGCUGCACACACAACAACUAGGUGGUGUCCCAUUCAGACUAGACGAUAAUGCAGAUGCUAGUUGUCGAACAAUCACACCUAAUACGGCUUUCACAUCCCACACAUAUGCCAGUGUCGUGAAGAUGGCGGAAGGUGAAAAGUCUUCAGCUACAGAAACAAAAGCAAAAGCUGGUAAUAUCCUGUCCGAUGAGGAAAAUCAUGAAAAUCCUUUAAAUGAACUACCUGCACUGCCGAAAGUCACUAUUGCUUCUGAUAAUAUGGUGGCCAAGGAUAAAGAGGCACUAACUCAUAGCCCGAUCCCGACACCACCACCGCCAUCGACAUCACCUGGCGGAGCUAGUCAUGGCAUGCGUCGCACAGAGUCUUCGACUACCUUCAUUACACCCGCUACUCGCCAUCGCUCUCAGAGCUCGGACAGUCUAUGUAGCGAUAACUCAUUGGACGGUAGCACAAGUAGCGAUCUAAAUUUUUCCACCUCUUCACAGCUCAAUGAAAAAUUGACGAAAAAUGACACACUCACGCGGCAGCAACGUCAAUCGGACCCGCGUAUAGAGCCGGCGGUGAAGGCACCGGGUGGCCUGAAGGCACUCGCGCUCUGGAAUAAUAACUUAAGUAAAGAAGCUGGAUACUAUAUAGCCCACCUAUUGGCCGAGACCAACUCGCUGGAAUUGCUAAAUAUUGGCAAAAAUUGUCUGUCGAAUGACUUCGUGACGCGUAUUAAAGAUAGUCUCAUACGAAAUACCACAUUGACAACGCUAGGACUGCAGAGUGCACAUUUGAGUGCGAAUGGUAUUGAAACUUUGGCGUCAAUAUUAACAUUCGGCGGGAACAGCACGCUGCAACGGCUAGAUAUACGCGACAAUAAAUUGGAGGUGGAGAGUUUAACAAAAAUUGCCGAGGUGCUCAAAUCGAACACAACAAUAACACAAAUCGAUAUUGAUGAUGAGCCAAAGAGGUUGUCGUUUGAAAAAUUGCAAAUAGUACCCCAUGUCACGGAUGCAUAUCAACCACAGUCGAUGAAGAAACAAGAAUGCGUGGGCAGCGAAGCGCACAUGGACUAUACGCGCGUUCUAGAAAACGUACGUUCAAUGUGUUCACGCAAUGAAAAGACCCAAACACAAUUGCAGUCGGACAAAUCACUCAAUAGCGUAUGCGGCGUGGCUAAUAAGCGACGCAGUGGUUACUACUUGGGUUCACGAAAAAUUUCAUUGACCUGUCAUACGCGCCCACUGGUUGAGACUACUACUACUGUGAUGGCAUCUAGCACUACACCAACAUCGGCGGUCAAUACCAAAUUGGAUGCGAAGCGCAAAACAGGUGCCCGUCUGCGGUCGCCAGUGCCCAGUCCACCCACAAUUUCACCCUCAUCUUCGCCCAAUCGCAGUCGUUUUCAAGUAUUUCGCGUUACUGAAGUCAGUCCGCUGACCUCACCACUAGCUCAAACCCCACCUUCAGCCGCGUCGUCUACAUCUUCGCUAGCCACCAAUAGUAAUAGCAGCAGCAUAUCCAUGCCUGCUGACAUGUCCUACAAGAAUUCGGCAAGUUCAAUUCCUGCGACAUGUUUCCUACCCACUUCUAGCUCACUACCUUCAAUGGCCACAGUCACGUCAUCCACUCAAUCAAUUAAACGUUUCUCGGCGUCGCCUCGGUCACGUUUUAUGGUAUCAAAGAUCUACGAAGAUCCACGGGUGCCAUUAGCAAGCCGCUCGUUGCCCCCAAUUACACCACCGAUUCAUCUGCCACCUACGCCAAUCGCGAAGCAUGCGCCCGAAAGUGCCAAGCUAAUAAUUUUUAGCGCUGCAGCAGUAAAACCAGUAGCGACAGUUGACAAAAAAGGAGUUGAGGAAAAUGGUGCACGUACACACGAUUUAACAGCAGCAACCAUAACAACUGCUUCCAAUAGCGGCGGCGACGUUGUCUCUCAAAUUAGCGUUGUGCAAGCUACUACAUUAAUCGUCACACCGCCUACACCCGCUAUUGCGGAAUCCAGUAGCAACAACAGUAGCACAAAUAUUCUUGAUUUUAGUCAGAAUGUUAAUCUAAAAAAAGUUGAUAGUACAAAUGCCACAGCCCAAAUGCAGACGCAACAAACACAACAAGAAGAAGAACAAUCACAACUACAAACACAAAUACCACUGCAAUCAAAACAAAUACAAGAUAUUUCGUCGCAAAGCAUUAAUGCGCCGACUAGUACUGGCUGUCAAAAUGCGGGCAGCAACACCACUACUACCACCUCCCACAAUUCCAACAAUAAUUCGCUAUCGCCAAUCUGCUCGUCAUCGUCCUCUUCAUCUUCGACAUCGCCAGCAUCGCUACAUUCAAACUCUUCUUCGUCCACAUCGACAUCCUCGCCGUUGUCGGCAAUUUUUUCCACCAGCUCGUCUGACUCCACCGAUGGCAUUGGUGGUAGUGGUGCCGGUGCCGCUGGCGGUGAACUAAGUUUGCGCGAUGAACUAUUAAAUGCAACUGGCACCCGUUGCCCGCUUGCUGUUUUUAACGAUAAUGAUAAUGAUAUUACGCUCACCAAAAGUUCGACGACCGAAUUGUCUACGCCACCAACGUCAGCGGUGGCAACGGAAGAGUCACAACAGCGCCAACGGAAAGUGUCGUGGAUGGCAAAUCCUGGUGCUGUGGAUAAGUUGCGAUCGCUAUUUUUCCAACGUAGUUCAUCGCCCGAAAAUAAGACGCAAGUACCAACAGCAGUAACAGUAGCAGCAAUUGGUCCGCCAACGCAGGCGGUGGUGACAAAUCCCACAGCUACCAUCCCCUCUAACAGUAACAACACAACAGUUGCCAUUAACAAUGCUACAGCCUUCAAUUUGUCCGAUUGCGCCUUGACUGACGCCUCCUCCCAGCAACAGCUCUUGCAAAAAUUCGUCCAUGCCUCGCAGCAGCUCAGUAAGGUGUUUCGUCAAAAUCUCUCAUUUGGUAAUGAAGCUGCAACAACAACAAAUACAUUAGCUGGUAUAACUAGCGUUUCAGGUGUCACAACAGGAGGCUUUUUAUCAGGAGGCGUUGAUGGUAACGGUACAUUACCACCAACAGAGCAGCACGACGUUACGCUCAUACCCACCGAAGUGAAACAAGAAAUCAAAGAGAAUAUCUCACCGGAACAUACUAUUAACGAGGAAACAUUGCAUAGCUUACAAAAGCUAACAGGCAUUGAGGUGGCAGUACAAAGGGUACAAGAACAACAACAACACCAACAAUUAGCAGCAGGAGCGGGAGCGAGAGCAUUGUUGGAGGACAUGGAAGCUGCAGCAGUAAUAAUAAAACCCGCGAUACUUGAUGAAUUCAAUACGAAAGCAGCUGAUAGCAACAUAAGCGUCGAAAGUGACACACGCAUAGGCGCCGAGAUGGCGGCAAAUUUAGUCAAAGAGGAGCCAACAACAGCUAGUGCGGUGGCUUCGAAUGCUGCAGCCAGCACUUAAACUUAACGGUUUUAUUUCUUAAUUUCUAACUGUAAACUUUAAAAAUUAUUUAACGUUUUUAUAUACAUACAUAUACACUUAGAUAUUUUUUUCGCUAAUUUAAAUCUAAAAGAAAAUUGGGAGUGUGUUAUACACUUAAAUAUUAUUAAUCUAAACAGACAGAUGAUAUACAGAUACAGAUAUAUAUAUAUUUGGCGAUCACGCACUUAAGUAACUUAAAAUUAGUGGAUUUUCUAAUCUUUAUGCUAGCUUUAAGAAAUGUUCACGCGCUUUCUUCUCUCCCUCUUUUAUACAGUUUUAUGCUUAGGCAGUAUACAUACAUAUAUUUUCCAAAUAUGCAAUUAUGUUUUCAAAUUAGCUGAAAACGAAUGCUGUGCGUUGUUGAAAAGUUAUACAAUCUUUUGUUCAGUGUCAAUGGCUUCGGGAAAUGCA